AUGGGUCGCGAGGAUAAGACUCUUGGGGCUACGCCUCUUGACGAAGACUACAUCGACAUUCACCACCCAGAAUUCAAGGACAUGUCCAUCGAAAUGACCCCAGAUCUCAAAGACGCUCUAACGAUAGCUCGAGAUUUUCCAGAGGGUCCCUACCUCGUAGAUUGUCCUACACUGUAUGAACAUUUCGGCCUGGCAACCAAGCUCUACAGAGAGAUCCAGCUCGUCGUAAAGCGACACCAGGACCAGCUCCGCGAGUGGGAGAGACUUAACAAUGCAAUGUCGAAGCUCGACCCAGCUACGCAGAGUCAUCUUGAAAGAUAUCUUGCUGAGUGUAAAACCCGCAUGGUUUACACGACAUCAUUUCUCGAUAACCUGAAGGGGUACGAUACUCCACGAUCUCAAGCUGACUCGGCAGCAGAAAGAUCGACGCCUUCAAUAGAUGAGGACUCGUCUUUGAAUCCUGAUAACGAAGAAGACAUGGAGGAUCAGCCUACACGCGAACACAACACGUUGGAGCUCGGCUCACUCGAGCAAGAACCGACCUCGGGGAGUCAAAAAGCAAGCGCCAUCUUGAAGGGUAUGGUUGCAGGGACUCCGAGACUUCAAUUCUGA